AGUCACCAUGAAGGCGCUGCUCCUGCUCUGCUGCUUCCUGGCCUCGCUGCUGCUUUCAGGACAAGCAGAAGAGGCUGAGGAUGUGAGUGAAGAGGCUCCCAUGAGGGACCGCUCCCACAUUGAGAAGACCCUGAUGCUGAGUGAGGACAAGCCAGCUGAUGACUACUCAGCGGUGCUGCAGCGGCUUCGGAAGAUCUACCAUACGUCCAUCAAGCCCCUGGAGCAGUCUUACAAGUACAAUGAGCUUCGGCAGCACGAGAUCACAGAUGGGGAGAUUACUUCCAAGCCAAUGGUGCUGUUCCUGGGACCGUGGAGUGUUGGCAAAUCCACCAUGAUAAACUACCUCCUUGGGUUAGAAGAUACUCGAUACCAGCUUUAUACAGGUGCUGAACCUACCACCUCUGAGUUCACUGUCCUUAUGCAUGGGCCCAAGCUGAAAACCAUCGAGGGCAUCGUCAUGGCUGCUGACAGUGCCCGAUCUUUCUCACCACUGGAAAAGUUUGGCCAGAAUUUUCUGGAGAAGCUGAUUGGCAUUGAGGUUCCCCACAAACUUCUAGAACGAGUCACUUUUGUGGAUACACCAGGCAUCAUUGAGAACCGCAAGCAACAAGAAAGAGGUUACCCCUUCAACGAUGUGUGUCAGUGGUUCAUCGACAGAGCCGACCUCAUCUUUGUUGUCUUUGACCCCACCAAGCUGGAUGUGGGUCUGGAGCUGGAGAUGCUCUUCCGCCAACUGAAGGGCCGUGAGUCCCAGAUAAGGAUCAUUUUGAACAAGGCUGACAACCUGGCCACACAAAUGCUCAUGCGGGUGUAUGGAGCUCUCUUCUGGAGCUUGGCCCCUCUCAUCAAUGUCACAGAGCCUCCACGGGUUUAUGUCAGCUCCUUCUGGCCACAGGACUAUAAGCCUGAUACCCACCGGGAACUGUUCCUCAAAGAAGAGAUCUCUCUCCUGGAAGACCUGAACCAGGUGAUCGAGAACAGGCUAGAGAACAAGAUCGCUUUCAUUCGCCAGCACGCCAUCCGAGUCCGAAUUCACGCCCUUUUAGUUGACCGCUAUCUGCAGACUUACAAGGACAAAAUGACCUUCUUUAGUGAUGGAGAACUGGUCUUUAAGGACAUUGUGGAAGAUCCUGAUAAAUUCUACAUUUUCAAGACCAUCCUGGCAAAGACCAACGUCAGCAAGUUUGACCUUCCCAACCGUGAGGCUUAUAAGGACUUCUUUGGCAUCAACCCCAUUUCCAAUUUCAAACUCCUGUCUCAGCAGUGCUCCUACAUGGGGGGCUGCUUCCUGGAGAAGAUUGAGCGAGCCAUCACACAGGAGCUCCCUAGCCUUCUGGGGAGCAUUGGGCUUGGGAAGAAUCCAGGUGCUCCUAACUGUGACAAAACAGGCUGUGGUGAGACCCCAAAGAAUCGCUACAAGAAGCACUAGUUUCUGUGUAGCGAUUCUUGGGUCCCCAGUGGUGAAUAAGCUUGUGUCCUAACUGUCUGAGAAGUCCUGGUUUGUUAACCCUUUGAGCCAUACUGGCAACAAUCAGUCUGCACUGGAGAUUUGGGAGCUCACUAAAGCUGGUGAAUCAGGGAAGGUUCUAAGGGAGGAGAGUGGUAACUGUGAAUCAUAUAGUGUGCUUGUCUUACUGCUUCAGUUAGAAGGCCUGACACAGGCCAAGUCAGUCUACACGGCUUCCCUUGCUUUUCCUGGGUCCUGUCCUGGAGGGACAGAGAGCAGCUAAAUUCUAAUGAAUACUAAGAUAAUAAGGGUUAAAUAAGCUAAACUCAGUGGAAAUUUCCUGAGUAAUGGAGGCUUCUCAGCUCCGUGUCAGCUCCUCUCACACACAGCUUCUGUUCGACCCCUGUCCCUCCUUGGCUCCCUCCUAAGCUUGGGUUAAUUUUCAGAAGUAGACAGUCUCUUGAGUCUGAUCUCUGUGAAUUUUGAGCCCAGUGUUGGGAUCGUCUCCCUCUUUUCCCAAGGGGUGGGGGCAUCCAGAAAACUAAAGCAGGAGUUUUCAAAUUAGGGUGUUGAUCUGCCUCCCCAAAUAUCAUUUCAUUGAUGUCCCAGUUGGAGAGCUCAGACACUUAGUUGUCUCUAAAAGAAGGGUGAGUGGGUGAUGUAUCCAAGUACUUUCUCUCCUUACAUGACUUACGUGAAGGUACCAGAAGGGCUCAGGGGGUUAACUGGUUUGCAGUGUGUCUUUGUCUGUUGCAUGUCUUGGAAAGCUCAGAUCACAGAGAUGUUGGGUUUCAGAGAGGACAAUGGAGACCUUGCUCCUAGUCCUUGAGGCUUCUCUGGACAGACAUUCUCCCAAGUUUCGGGGGAAGCUGUUUCUACAGCUUCUCUGUGAGAGCACUUGACAGAGGACAUGUCUCUUCUGGUUCCCAGAACCAUGGUUUCUCUUUUCCUUUCUUCUCCAUUCCCUGAUGCAUCAGUACUUCCAACUGAGGAAAAAGUCCCUAGAAUCAGAACCAGUACCAGCCCCUUGGCAUUGGCAUUGGUGCCAGAUAAGGUCAGAGGUUCAGGUUCAACUUGAAUUUCUGCAGAUACCCACCGAAUUCAGUCAGGACAGUCAGGACCUUCAAACACCAGUGAGUGUGCACUUGGACAGUGUGACCACUGUACAAGAGACAGCCAGGGGGAUGACAGACUUGAGAGCACAGAGAGAGGACUCCUGAUAUCCUUGCAUGGCACACAUACACUGCCACCUUGAAGUGCAGGGGAGGCAAGAAGCUCUGGGAGGAUGAAGAGAUUUUUGAUGGAGCAGGCAAGGUUCAGCCUGCCUUGAGGGGUUUCUCUGAGCACAGCCAGAUGCUUUUUUGGGAGCGAGCUCUCCUGGGGGCCUUGACUGUGAGACAUGGGUUGGGAUCCACCAGCAGCAGGGUGUCAUCUGGAACAGAAGGAAAGUGGGAAGGAAGGCUGAGCCAAAGUUAUUCUUUCUGAGGAUCAAGUAGGUAGCAUAAGCUUAUUGGUAACCAGUGGGGGCUACCACUGAUGAGGAGUCGGUGUUUCUCUGAAUUCUUAGCAGUCUGGUGCCCACUCCUGAGGAAGGCUGCUGCUUUGGCUCUAUGUAGGGCCCAGGACCUGCCACAAUCAAAAGCUCCAGAGCUGCCAGGACAGGGUUUCCAAGGUGUGAGUUCCUCCCAUAAGGGUUAUCCAUGGAGCCUGGUGACCAGGGUAGAUGAGCUGCCAUCUGUCUUGGAUUUUUCUUCCCAAACUCCUCCCCUCUUCUCUCCAUCAUGUGCUCUCUGGAGAGACUGUCCCUCCCAUCCUUCUCCUUCAUGCCCCUCAUGCCUGUGGGUUUUGUGUGGCAAAUCUGUUUUUCUCAAUGCAAAAACUGAGGGAAAGCUGAACUGUAUGGAUUCUGUCCUAGCUGUCGGUGCCUGCAUGCUUAGAGGGAAGCAGGUGAAUGAAGUAAGGCCAAUGACUUCUUACAGUAUCUGCAUUUGGGGGAAGGCGCCUUAUCGGUAGUACCUUCCUUUUGGAUUUUUCUCCAUCUAUUUCUUCUUCGUCUCCAUUCUGUUCCUCUCCUGCCCACAGGCCACUGACAGUCACACAGGUUUUAGCACUCAUUCUUUGCCCAGCUCUGCAGAGAAAGAUGUUGAGCAGGAUUCUGACUCUAGGAGGAGGGAGUUUCAUCCCGGGAGAAACGUGGGACGCAGAGAUUUCCUGAGGGGAACAUCUGUGUCUGUGCCUGAACAGUGGCUGACCUUUCCAGGGUUCUUUCCACUCUGGCUUCAUCAGGGAGAAUGUCUCAAUAAAGUUCCAAUCUCUCCUCA